AUGGCGACAGACAGACGCUCAGACAGACAGACAGAGAGCGCCGGUAGCGGUGGAGAGCAGAGCCCCUGGUCAGAGCUCACUGCUCCGCUCCUGCCCACCGGCUGCUCUCUUUCUGCACACUCGGGCACGGUCUGGAUGACUGUCCAUGCCAUCUUUGUGGACACCCCAAAGGAUGUUCUUCGGGCUGCGAGAGGGAAAAAUGUUAUCCUUCCAUGCUCCUACCAGACUUCCUCCCCCAACCGAGAAGGAUUUAUCCAGUGGGACAAGCUUCUAAGGAGUCAUACGGAAAGCGUGCUCAUCUGGAAAUUUGAGACCAAAGAAUAUAUCUAUGGUGAACUUUAUCAGAAUCGUGCUAGUGUAUCAAACAACGCCGAGCAGUCAGAUGCCUCCAUCACCAUUGACCAGUUGACCAUGGAUGACAACGGCACCUACGAGUGCUCUGUCUCGCUGAUGUCAGAUCUGGGUGGCGUCUCCAAGUCACGUGUCCAUCUCUUGGUCCUUGUGCCGCCCUCCAAGCCAGACUGCGGCAUCCAGGGAGAGACUGUCAUUGGGAACGACAUCCAGCUGACCUGCCAAUCAAAGGAGGGCUCCCCAGCCCCUCAGUACAGCUGGAAGAGCUACAAUAUCCUGCACCAAGAGCGUCAAGUCACACCAGUCACAGGACAGACCUUCUCUCUCAGAAACAUCUCCACAGAAAUGUCGGGUUACUACAUCUGCAUAUCCAGCAACGAGGUGGGGACCGAGUCCUGCAACAUCACUGUGGCUGUCAGAUCUCCCUCCAUGAACGUGGCUCUGUAUGCGGGCGUCGCUGGGGGCGUGGCUGCGGCUCUCGUCAUCAUCGGCGUCACCCUGUACUGCUGCUGCUGCCGGGACACCAGCAAGGCUGAGGACGCCGAGGUCGCACGGCCGAAUCGGGCGGCCUACCGGAAGCCACCAGAGCAGCUGACAGAGCUUUCCAGAAGACAAGAAGAGGAGGGCGAGGAUGACUACAGGCAUGAAGACCAGAGGGACACCAGCCGAGAGAGCCCUGACCAGGCUGGCCGAUGA